AUGGCGACAGUCGCUAAGAACGAAGGCGCACCAGCGCCUCACAACUCUUAUGGAAAUGCAAUUGCCGAUGAGUCCGAGAUGCAUCCUCCUCAUUAUGGCAUGUCGGCGAGAGAAUAUUUGGCUACGCGUAUCUCUACGCUGAAGCCUCCCAUGACAAAAGCACCCAACCCGAUUCGCUUAAUUAGAAUGUUGAAUCGACACCAAUGGGCUUUCUUUGGUGUCGCAUUUUGGGCCUGGACAUGGGAUGCAUUCGAUUUCUUCACUGUAUCGUUGACAGUUGACGACUUGGCCGAAUCGUUCGACAGGUCUAACACGGAUAUCACAUGGGGCAUCACGCUUGUCCUCAUGUUUCGAUCUGUCGGCUCCAUCAUGUUCGGUAUCGCGUCGGAUCGUUAUGGUCGGAAAUGGCCCUUCAUCGUAAAUAACAUACUAUUUAUCGCACUUGAAUUGGGAACCGGUUUCUGUAAUACGUACGGUCAAUUCUUAGCUUGUCGAGCUCUCUUCGGUGUUGCUAUGGGUGGUCUUUAUGGAAAUGCCGCUGCAACAGCUUUAGAAGAUCUACCGAACGAGACGAGAGGUUUAAUGAGCGGUAUUCUUCAACAAGGAUACGCUUUCGGUUAUCUCCUCGCUACAGCUUUCGCCCGCGGUUUAGUCAAUUCCACGUCCCACGGAUGGCGUCCUCUAUUUUGGUUCGGUGCCGGACCCCCUGUCCUUUUCAUCAUCUGGCGUUACUUUCUACCCGAGACCAACACAUACAUAGAACACCAGGCAAUGCGACGUGCUAAUGGAAGUAUCGGCAAGACGUUCGUGCAGGAGGGCAAGGUUGCUCUGAAGCAUCACUGGAUGUUACUUACCUACCUGGUCCUCCUCAUGGCUGGUUUCAAUUUCAUGUCUCAUGGCUCUCAGGACUUAUAUCCUACCAUGCUGAAAAACCAGUUCAACUUCAACGCUAAUCAAGUCACCGUGACCCAAGUUGUUGCAAAUCUGGGAGCCAUGUCCGGAGGAGCCGUUGUGGGUUUCUGCUCGCAGAUCUUUGGUCGUCGUCUCAGCAUCAUCGUUAUGUGCAUCAUCGGAGGUGCUCUGCUAUACCCUUACACAUUUGUCUCUAACGAAAGGAUUAUCGCCGCCGCAUUUUUCGAGCAGUUUUGCGUCCAGGGUGCUUGGGGUGUCAUCCCUGUGCAUCUAAUGGAAUUAUCGCCCGGUGCAUUCCGAACCUUCGUCGUCGGCACCAGUUACCAGCUUGGUAACCUCGUCUCAUCCGCCAGUUCCACGAUCGAAGCCACAAUUGGAGAGCGUUUCCCUCUCCCGCCUAAGGGCGAGGUAAAGCGGUACAACUAUGGCAUUGUUGUCUGCAUCUUUAUGGGCUGCGUUUACGCUUAUGUUAUCCUUCUAACUCUACUUGGUCCUGAGCAUUUGAGCAGGAGCAUGGAUGUCGGCCAUGAUGCCGACGCGGUAGAGGUAGCUGGCCAGGAAAGCGUUAGCAAAGCCGUUGGGCACGGACACACCGGGCGCGAAGCCUCCGCGAGCGAGGACGGCGACCCGGAGAAAGGAACCGUUACCCAUGCUCCUUAG